AUGCAGCCCCCGCGUUUCGAUGGCAGUGACGCAACCAACUGGAUCUCGAGGGUCCAGUAUUAUUUUGAUCAUGUGAUGAUGCCCGAUGCACAACGUCUUCAUUACGCGGUGAUGUUAUUCGACCCUCCAGCCUCCGAAUGGGUCUUUUAUUACUGCGCCAAAACGAAUUUUGUCACAUGGCAGGAAUUCUUGGAGGAUGUUCGUCACCGUUUCGACAGACAGAGCUUUAAGGAUUAUUUUGGCUUGAUCACGAAAUUGACUCAGACUGGCACUGUGUUGGAAUACCAUAACACUUUUGAGAAAUAUCUGAACCGUGUACAGGGGGUGCCGGCCUCGAAACUUUUUACUCUGUUCAUCGCGGGCUUGAAACCAGAGAUACAGGAGCGACUGACGCUACACCGACCCACGUCUCUCGCAGCAGCCAUGGCCCUAUCGUUGGAAUUGGCAGACACACAGGCUGACCGGAACCUCGCGCAGCCCUCAUCGGGUUUCCAGCGCAGGCAGUGGCAGGGGCGUGAUCACAGGACGUCAACAGGCCCAGCUGUCACGCAGCAGCCGACGGCCAACGCUGCCGGGGCAGCUCUGCCGGUGGGCCCUACGCAGCGGCAGAGGGAGCAGCCGCGUCCACCGGCGAUUCGGGUGUCACAGGCGGAGAAAUCCGAACGUUCCAGAUUGGGACUUUGUUGGCAUUGCCCAGAAAAAUGGGUGUUUGGGCAUGUGUGUAAGCAGAGGCUGUUAUGCUAUGCGGAUGAGGAGGAGUCGGCGGCUGGAGUCGAGAUUGAGGAUAUUCCAGACGACGAGGCGCUCACAGAGAUCGCGCAUAUACACGCGCUUGAGGGAGGCCGUCGUUCUAGCCCGCUUAAGGUGUUGGGACAGAUUAUGGGUCGAGGAGUUUGCAUUCUUGUCGACACGGGGAGUGAUAGGGAUUUCCUCCAUCCGAAUAUUGCGGAGAGUCUCCACCUACCAUUAUCCCCGAUCCGGCCGUUUCGCGUGUUUGUGGGAAAUGGAGCCGCUUUGCUUUGCACCCACAUGGCGAGGCGGACUAGGUUGACGGUGCAAGGAUCCGUAUUCACGGUGGAUCUUCACAUAUUGCCUAUUCAUGGACCCGAUGUGAUCUUGGGCAUGGAUUGGCUGGAGUCCCUGGGCAAGAUUUUCGCAGAGUUCGCGAGCAAGACGCUGGAAUUCGUUUACAACGGCCACCCCUUCACACUCCGGGGUAUCACAUCGCCCCCAUGCCGUUUACAAGCACAGUCACUACUCACAUUGCACGCAUCUCGGGAGGUGUCUGUUUGUUUCGAGAUCGCCCUAUUGGAGUUGGGAGCGGAGGCGCCUGAGCCGGUGGCUUUUCCGGCUGACUUACCGGCCGGGAUAACGGCUGUGUUGGGGAGUUUCAGCCACGUGUUCAACAUUCCAACCGAGAUGCCCCCUGCUCUCCAGUUUGAUCACAGAAUCCACCUGCUGCCCGGGGCUAAACCAGUGAAUGUGCGAACGUAUCGGUAUCCCUAUUUUCAGAAGAACGAGAUAGAGCGGCAAGUGCGUGAGAUGUUGGAACAAGGGAUUAUUCAGCGCAGUAGUAGCCCUUUCUCUUCACCCGUCCUGCUGAUUCGAAAGAAGGAUGGGUCGUACCGUUUUUGUAUUGAUUACCGAGCCUUGAACAAUGUCACCGUUCCGGAUCAUUUCCCAAUCCCAACGGUGGACGAGCUCUUCGAUGAGUUAGGAAAAGCCAGGGUGUUUUCCAAGUUAGACUUACGGUCAGGCUACCAUCAGAUCCGAAUGCAUGAGGAGGAUGUGUUCAAGACUGCUUUUCGAACACAUGACGGCCACUUCGAGUUCCUGGUAAUGCCGUUCGGCUUGACGAACGCACCUUCCACUUUCCAGGCGACAAUGAACGCUAUAUUUCAGCCUAUGCUCCGCAAGUUCGUCAUCGUAUUUUUUGACGACAUUCUUAUCUACAGCCCCACUCUCGCGGACCAUGAAACACACCUAGCAGCCGUAUUAACGGUUUUGCAAGAGCACAGCUUUUUUGUGAAGCAAUCCAAGUGUUAUUUUUGUAGUUCGACGGUGGAAUAUUUGGGUCACAUUAUCACGGAUGGGUUGCUAAAGGCGGACCCGAAUAAGAUCGAGGCGAUGACAGCCUGGCCCAUACCAAGGACGGUGAAGCAACUACCUGGAUUCUUGGGUUUGACAGGUUAUUAUAGAAUAUUUGUGGCGCAAUAUGCCUUGAUCGCCGCCCCUUUGACAGAUCUUCUCAAGAAGGAGGCGUUCAUCUGGUCGCCCGCCGCGGAGGUGAGUUUUUUGGCCUUGAAAGAGGCAAUGACGCGGGCCCCGGUACUUAGGCUGCCCGACUUCGGGAGGACUUUUUGUGUCGAGACCGAUGCCUCCGACUCGGGCAUUGGCGCGGUUCUAUUACAGGACAACCACCCCAUUGCUUUCUACAGCAAGAAGCUAGGACUGCGUCGACGGGUUGCCUCAACCUACCACAAGGAGCUGUAUGCUAUCGUGGAGGCAGUCCAGAAAUGGAGGCAAUACCUCCUGGGCCACGAGUUCGUUAUCCGCAGUGAUCAGAAGAGUUUGAAGGAGUUACUUCAACAAGUGGUUCAGACGCCUGAUCAACAGUUGUACGUUCGAAAAUUGAUGGGCUACAAAUUCUCCAUUGAAUACAAAAAGGGGAGUACUAACAGAGUCGCGGAUGCUCUAUCGCGUCGGGAAGAAUCUCAGUCAGCAGCCGACGCCGCGAUUGGGGCCGACGAAUCCUGCCCGCCAGCUGAUCAGCAAUGCCAGCAGCUGGUUGCCGCGUCCCAGCCUGUCCCACAUCUGCUUGAGCUGCUCCGUCGUGAAACUGCGUCAUCGCCAGAGAUGAGGGAACUGACAGCGGCAAUUAGGGCCGGCUCGGCAGCCGCCCACCUAUCCAUGGUGGAUGGACUUGUGUAUUUCAAGCGCCGCAUAUAUGUGGGCGAAAUGGUGUUAUUAAAGCUCCAGCCUUAUAGGCAACAUUCGGUGGCUCGACCGAAAUCGGCAAAGUUAGCGAGGCGAUACUACGGGCCGUUCGAAGUGUUGGAACGCAUCGGACCGGUCGCAUACAGGUUGCGCUUGCCUGAGGGAAGUAGGAUCCAUAAUGUUUUUCACGUGAGCCUCCUUCGGGCAUUUGUGGCGGGUGACGCGGCGCAUGACAGCCUGACCUUACCGUCAGAAUUUUUUGGCGACAGGCCAGUGGUAUACCCCGUUAGGGUUCUGGACCGCAAGGUGUUAUGGCAGGGAGAACGUCCGGUGGAGCACGUGUUGGUCCGGUGGUCCGACGGAACCGACUCCCCGACGUGGGAACCAACGGAAAUGGUGCAGCGACGUUAUCCGAAUGUACUCCUUGAGGACAAGGAGGUUGCUAUGGGGGAGGGAGUUGAUACGAUACUACAACAACCUGACCAGGAACCGAUAGUCGACGUGACGGAGGAGUUAGAAGAAGUAGGAGAAGUGCAGGAGACCGUCGAGGAGCAGAGGCGACGGACCGACGAGGAUACACGGGCGAAGGGAGUACGUGAGGAAGCAUCCAUCGCGAAGACGAAGCCGACAAGGAACGCAAGGCCUCCGAAUCGGUUCGGCGACUUCGUCGCCAAGUAG